CAUGGUUUGCAGCUAAUGUGGCUAACGUUACUAUUUGCAGUGAUUGUAUGACUGCCAUUCAGACCUCUGUGGGAACAUAAGACAGAUGUGAAACCAAUAAACAAGGACUGUGGGUGGGUUACAGUGUUUUCAUGCUGCCUGUGGUUCAGUGAAACCUAAACUCAGCCAGUGUUUACGUCUCUUUGCUUCCCUCCUGCUCUCUGUGCUCACAUGUACUGCAUUGUAUGACAGCCGAAUUAUCCAUAAAACUGUUCUCAUUUACAGAUUUUUCUAUUUAUGCUGUUAGACAACAAACAAAUAUAGAAAUAGUGACUGGAACGCAACCCAUUAAGACUCCAUGAUAACCAGCAGUCACUUCACAGCCGUUUCCAGAAAUCGGUCUUGAUUAUAUAGUUAAUGCACCAUAGUAGUAAACUUUUGAAUAUUUAGCAGUAGAGGAAGUUAUGGAAUUGAACUGAAUAUUAUAGUUAGCAUUACAAAAUGUGUUUUCAUAUACUUUGUCAAAGGAUUACAUUUUUUCACAAAUCAUAAAUACUUAACAAUUUCAUGUGCAGGCAAGUGUCUUGUUCUUGUAGUCAGUCCUUUGUGUUUAAAUUUCAUUUCCCCACAGUCUAAAAAGUAACAUUAACAAAGUUGAUACUUAAACAAGUUAAACCAUCCUUCACUUAUCAUUUCUGCUUUUAUAAUUCAGAUGAAUGCAUUGCAUUCAGGGGAUCUGCUUUUGAGCUGUAUUGUGCUUCAAUGUCUGUUGGACAGUCACUUCCUGAAGGUUCAGCCUCUCCGUGGUUAAUUUCUUCACGCUUCAGUAAAAUUCAUUGCAAGAGUAUUGCUGCAAUACAUCAAAAGAAAAAAAACACUUUAUUAUGCCUGGCAAAAUCUGUGGCAGUGAUAUUAAGAGUGCAGGAUUUAAAUAAAGAUUUGAUUUUUAAUGUUCCCAGGCCAGUAAAUACAAACAUAAAAUAAAAGUGCCAUUUGCAAAAAAAAAAAGUUAAAAACAACCUUGGCCCCAAAUGCAAAUAUUUGGCCUUGAUUUUGAAUGAGGGAUCCUGCAAAGACUACACAGAGAAUCCGUAGUUAGGUCCAGUGUUAUUAACUGCCCCCUCCCACCCACCAUUCACCCCGCUGGAACCUGAGAGGGGCGACUCUCUCAUUCACAGAACAGUUUCCCUCUCUAACAGUGCAGACAGAACAGACAAGUGCUGUUCUUCAAAUGGACGUGUUUGCUCUUCCUGAAGACAGGCGUAAAGGAUGGUACCUAUCUCUGAUGGCCCCCAACAUAAAAGGACCAGCUUUUGCCUGGCUGGACCCGUCCAGGCUCUACUGCAACUCCCAGGCUCUUGAGGACUGCGUCAAAGACCUCAUCGGCCCAUUCCACAGCGACACCAUUGAUUUGGUUGCUGGGAUAGAUGCAAUGGGAUUCAUUCUUGGGGCAUCUGUCGCCACCACACUGGGAAAAGGCUUCCUGGCUAUUCGUAAAGCGGGUCACCUGUGUGUCGCCACCCAAACCCAGAACUACACCGACUACACAGGCCGAGAAAAGACUAUGGAAAUAAGGCUGGAUGUACUAAAACCAGGUGUGAAUGUGUUGUUAGUGGACCAGUGGAUUGAGACUGGAGGCACCAUGAAAGCUGCUAUCCAGCUGGUAGAGAUGCUGGGAGCUGUAGUCGUAGGUGUAGCGGCGCUGGCCAUCGAGAACACUGAAGGAGGAAGGUGGAUUAAAGACAAUUACAAAUUCUCUCACUGCAUCCCAGAAGAGCUGCAGAGCCAAGUCGAUGGGAAAUAUCUCGACUCCUUGAAAAUCUUCAACAACUGAACAAGUAAACAUGAUUCCUUAGAAGUUCAGUGAAGAAGAAAAAGAAGACAGACAUUUUAUAAAACUUAAGAUAAUGCCUUAUUUUGUAGAAAUACAAUUGAACCAUUGUUUAACGAACCCUUUAAGCUUUAAUAUGAUUUUAAUAACUGAAAAACUUGAUUUAUGAUGAUUUAUUUUCUCUUUCUUAAUAUAUUUGUAAAAUGCACCAUUAGAAAUUUUAAAGACAAUAAAUGCUGAAUGUGCACUGC